AUGUCAACAGGUGAUGAUGCCGAGAUGGAGAUGUUUGGGGUGGCAGCCCCAUAUCUGCGGAAGCCAGAGCGUGAGCGGAUCGCAGCACAGAACAAGCCCUUCGACGCCAAAACCGCAUGCUAUGUGGCAGACCCCAAAAUGGAGUACGUGAAGGGCAAAAUCAGGAGCCACGACAGCAGUUCGGUUACUGUGGAAACGGAGGAUGGGCGGGUUGUCACGGUGAAGCCUGAUGACAUACGGCCCAUGAAUCCACCCAAGUUUGACAAGAUUGAGGAUAUGGCCAUGCUGACACACCUGCAUGAGCCUGCUGUCCUUUUCAACCUCAAGGACCGCUAUGCUGCCUGGAUGAUCUAUACCUAUUCUGGGCUGUUCUGUGUCACCGUGAACCCCUACAAGUGGCUCCCGGUAUACAAUCCUGAGGUGGUGGCAGGGUAUAGAGGGAAAAAGAGGCAGGAGGUCCCUCCCCACAUCUUCUCCAUCUCCGAUAAUGCCUAUCAGUUUAUGCUCACAGACCGUGAAAAUCAGUCUAUCCUAAUCACUGGAGAAUCUGGUGCAGGGAAGACAGUGAACACGAAACGUGUUAUUCAGUACUUUGCAACAAUUGCAUCUAUUGGAGACCCCAGCAAGAAGAAAGAGUUGCCCUCUGGAAAAAUACAGGGAACCCUGGAGGAUCAAAUCAUUCAGGCCAACCCCUUGCUGGAGGCUUUCGGUAACGCCAAGACUGUGAGGAACGACAACUCCUCUCGCUUUGGCAAAUUCAUCCGAAUCCACUUUGGAACAAAGGGGAAACUGGCCUCAGCUGACAUUGAGACUUACCUCCUGGAAAAGUCUAGGGUGACGUUUCAGCUGCCUGCAGAGAGGAGCUACCACAUCUUCUAUCAGAUUCUGUCAAAUAAGAAGCCAGAACUGAUUGAGAUGACACUGCUAACCACCAAUCCAUAUGACUACCCCUUCAUCAGCCAGGGUGAGAUCACGGUGCUCAGCAUCAAUGACACAGAGGAGCUGAUGGCCACAGAUAGUGCCAUAGAUAUCCUAGGCUUCAACUUCGAGGAGAAGACUGGCAUCUACAAGCUGACUGGAGCUGUAAUGCAUCAUGGGAACAUGAAGUUCAAGCAGAAGCAGCGUGAGGAACAGGCUGAACCUGAUGGCACUGAGGUGGCUGAUAAAGUGGCAUACCUCAUGGGGCUGAACUCAGCUGACUUGCUGAAAGCUCUGUGCUACCCCAGAGUGAAGGUUGGGAAUGAGUUUGUGACUAAGGGGCAGACAGUGCAGCAGGUGUAUAAUUCCAUGGGGGCCCUCUCUAAAGCAGUGUAUGAAAAGCUGUUUUUGUGGAUGGUAACUCGGAUAAACCAACAGCUGGACACAAAAUUGCCCAGGCAGCACUUCAUUGGAGUGCUGGAUAUAGCAGGGUUUGAGAUCUUUGAGAUGAACAGCUUGGAGCAGCUGUGUAUCAACUUCACCAAUGAGAAACUACAACAGUUUUUCAACCACCACAUGUUUGUGUUGGAACAAGAGGAGUACAAGAAGGAAGGGAUUGAGUGGGAGUUCAUUGACUUCGGUAUGGACUUAGCUGCCUGCAUUGAGCUUAUUGAGAAGCCAAUGGGCAUCUUCUCCAUCCUGGAGGAGGAGUGUAUGUUCCCAAAGGCAACAGACGCCUCGUUCAAAAACAAGCUGCAUGACCAGCAUCUUGGUAAAAACAGCAAUUUCCAGAAGCCCAAGCCUUCCAAAGGCAAGGCCGAGGCCCACUUCUCCUUGGUGCACUAUGCUGGCACUGUGGACUACAACAUCAGUGGCUGGCUGGAGAAGAACAAGGACCCCUUGAAUGACACUGUGGUGCAGCUCUACCAGAAGGCAGCGCUAAAGCUGCUGUCUCAGCUUUUUGCGAGUUACGCUUCAGCUGAUGCUGAAGCUGGUGGAAGCAAGAAAGGAGGAAAGAAGAAGGGUUCCUCUUUCCAGACAGUGUCUGCACUUUUCAGGGAGAACUUAAACAAGCUGAUGGCUAACCUCAGGUCCACUCACCCUCACUUUGUCCGCUGCAUCAUCCCCAAUGAAACAAAAACACCAGGCGCCAUGGACCACCACCUGGUGCUGCACCAGCUGCGCUGUAACGGUGUGCUGGAGGGUAUAAGAAUCUGCAGGAAGGGCUUUCCCAGCAGAAUCCUCUAUGGUGACUUCAAACAGAGAUAUAGAAUCCUGAAUGCGAGUGCCAUCCCAGAGGGACAGUUCAUUGACAGCAAAAAGGCAUCUGAGAAAUUGCUCUCCUCCAUUGACGUCGACCAUGCCCAGUACAAAUUUGGAUACACAAAGGUGUUCUUCAAAGCUGGUCUGCUGGGGCUCCUGGAGGAGAUGAGGGAUGAGCGCCUGUCUGUGCUCAUGACCCGCCUACAGGCCGUUUCCAGGGGUUAUGUCACUCGGCUCAAAUUCAAAGAGAUGACCCAGAAAAGGGAAUCUAUAUUCAUCAUUCAGUAUAACAUCCGCUCAUUCAUGAAUGUAAAGAACUGGCCCUGGAUGAAGCUAUUCUUCAAGAUUAAGCCUCUUCUGCGAAGCGCUGAGGCAGAGAAGGAGAUGCAGACCAUGAAGGAGGAGUUCUUCAAACUCAAAGAGGAGUUUGCCAAGUCCGAGGCUAGGAGAAAGGAGCUGGAGGAGAAAAUGGUGGUUCUUGUCCAGGAGAAGAAUGACCUUUACCUCCAGAUUCAAGCGGAGAGGGAAAACUUGUCAGAUGCAGAGGAGAGAUGUGAGGGUUUGAUAAAGAGCAAGAUCCACCUGGAGGCCAAGAUGAAGGAGUACUGUGAGAGACUGGAGGAAGAGGAGGAGAUCAAUGCUGAGAUCACUGCCCGCAGGAGGAAACUGGAGGACGAGUGCUCAGAGCUCAAGAAGGAUAUUGAUGACCUAGAGCUCACCAUCGUCAAAGUGGAGAAGGAGAAACAUGCAUCUGAGAACAAGGUGAAAAAUCUGACAGAGGAACUGGCUACCCUGGAGGAAACGCUCCUGAAAUUGACAAAGGAGAACAAAGCCCUGCAGGAGGUCCACCAGCAGACCCUGGACGACCUUCAAGCAGAGGAGGACAAGGUCAACAUGCUGACCAAGGUUAAGGUCAAGCUGGAGCAGCAGGUUGACAAUCUGGAGGGAACUCUGGAGCAGGAGAAGAAGAUUCGGGCAGACCUGGAGAGAGCCAAAAGAAAGCUGGAGGGAGACUUUAAAAUGUCCCAAGAGGCAAUCAUGGACCUGGAGAAUGAGAGUCUGCAGAUGGACGAGAGGCUGAAAAAGAAAGACUUUGAUAUCAGCCAGCUGCAGGGGAAAAUCGACGAUGAGCAAAUAUUGAGUUCACAGCUUCAAAAGAAAAUCAAGGAACUUCAGGCCCGAAUUGAAGAGCUAGAAGAGGAGAUCGAGGCUGAACGAGCAGAUAGGGCCAAGGUUGAGAAGCAGAGAGCUGAUCUCUCCAGGGAACUUGAGGAGAUCAGCGAGAGGCUUGAAGAGGCUGGUGGUGCAACUGCUGCUCAGAUUGAGAUGAACAAGAAGCGUGAAGCUGAGUUCCAGAAGCUGCGGCGUGAUCUUGAAGAGUCCACCCUGCAGCAUGAAGCCACUGCUGCUGCCCUCCGCAAGAAACAUGCUGACAGCGUGGCAGAACUGGGAGAACAAAUCGACAACCUUCAACGCGUCAAGCAGAAGCUGGAGAAGGAGAAGAGUGAAUACAAAAUGGAAAUCGACGACCUCUCCAGCAACAUGGAGGGAAUUCUAAAAAGUAAGGCUAACCUGGAGAAACUGUGCCGGAGUCUGGACGACCAAAACAAUGAGUUCAAGGCAAAGGCUGAAGAAGCCCAGAGGUCACUGAAUGACUUCACUGCGCACAAUGCUCGUCUGCAAACCGAAAAUGGUGAACUCACACGUCAGCUUGAGGAGAAAGAGAUAGCUGUCAACCAGCUCACCCGGAGCAAAGCCCUCCACACUCAGCAGAUUGAGGAGUUGAAGAGGCUCUUAGAGGAGGAAAUAAAGGCCAGGAAUGCCCUGGCUCAUGCCUUGCAGUCGGCCCGUCAUGACUGUGACCUGCUGCGGGAGCAGUUUGAGGAGGAGCAGGAGGCCAAGGCUGAGCUGCAGCGUGGAAUGUCCAAGGCCAAUAGUGAGGUGGCUCAGUGGAGAACCAAAUACGAAACCGACGCCAUCCAGCGCACCGAGGAGCUGGAGGAGGCCAAGAAGAAGCUUGCUCAACGGCUGCAGGAUUCAGAGGAGCAGACAGAGGCUGUGAAUGCCAAGUGUGCAUCUCUGGAGAAGACCAAACAGAGGCUGCAGGCAGAGGUGGAGGACCUCAUGAUCGAAACAGAGAGGGCCAACGCAGCCACUGCUGCCCUGGACAAGAAGCAGAGAAACUUUGACAAGGUUCUGGCAGAAUGGAAGCAGAAGUAUGAGGAAAGCCAAUCAGAGCUGGAAGGCUCUCAGCGGGAAUCAAGAAACCUGAGCACUGAACUCUUCAAGCUGAAGAACUCAUAUGAAGAGGCGCUAGACCACCUAGAGAACAUCAAGAGAGAGAACAAGAAUCUACAGCAGGAAAUUGCCGAGGUGACUGGACAGAUUGCAGACUCUGCUAAGACCAUUCAUGAACUGGAGAAAGCGGUGAAACAGGCAGAACAAGAGAAAUUAGAUGCCCAGAGUGCCCUCGAAGAAACAGAGUCUUCUCUGGAGCAUGAAGAAGCCAAAAUCCUCCACAUACAGCUGGAGCUGAACCAGGUGAAGUCAGAGGUGGAGCGGAAAGUGGCUGAAAAGGAGGAGGAGAUCGACUUGCUCAAGCGGAACUACCAGAGGACCGUGGACAUGCUGCAGAACACCCUGGAUGCUGAGACCAGGAGCAGGAAUGACGCUGUGAGGGUCAAGAAGAAGAUGGAGGGAGACCUCAAUGAGAUGGAGAUCCAGCUGGGCCAUGCCAACCGCCAGGCCACAGAGGCACACAAACAGCUGCGGAUUAUACAGGGACAGCUGAAGGACGUCCAAGUCCACCUGGAUGAUUCCCUGCACCAGCAAGAGGACCUCAAGGAGCAGCUGGCUAUUGUGGAGCGCAGGAACACCCUGAUGAUGGCCGAGAUUGAGGAGAUCAGGGCGGCGCUGGAGCAGUCAGAGAGGGGGCGCAAGCUGGCCGAGCAGGAGCUGAUUGAUGUGAGUGAGCGGAUGCAGCUCCUGCACUCACAGAACACUAGUCUCAUUAACUCGAAGAAGAAGAUGGAGUUUGACAUCACACAGCUGCAGUCAGACAUGGAGGACACCAUUCAGGAAGCCAGAAAUGCAGAUGAGAAAGCAAAGAAGGCCAUCAUUGACGCAGCCAUGAUGGCGGAGGAGCUGAAGAAGGAGCAGGACACCAGUGCUCACCUGGAGAGGAUGAAGAAGAACCUGGAGGUCACAGUCAAGGACCUGCAGCACCGUCUGGAUGAGGCUGAGAACCUGGCUUUGAAGGGAGGGAAGAAACAACUCCAGAAACUGGAAAGCAGGGUGAAAGAGCUGGAGAAUGAACUGGAGGCAGAACAGAAGCGUGGAGCAGAGGCCAUGAAAGGGGUUCGAAAGUAUGAGAGAAAAGUCAAAGAGCUCACAUACCAGACAGAGGAAGAUAAGAAGAAUGUGGCAAGACUGCAAGACCUGGUCAACAAGCUGCAGCUAAAGGUCAAAGCCUACAAGAGGCAGUGUGAGGAGGCGGAGGAGCAAACCAACAGCCACCUGGCUAAAUUUCGGAAGGUUCAGCACGAGCUAGAGGAAGCUGAGGAACGUGCUGACAUUGCUGAGUCCCAGGUCAACAAGCUGAGGGCCAGAAGCCGUGACAUCAGUGGCAAAGUGGAACAAUAG